GAUUCUCUCUCCUUCCCGUGAGAAUAAUUCAGAAGAUUCCCGCCGGCUGGUGUAACAUACCUGAAGUUUAACUGACCCCAGUGAUGCCAUCUCUGGUUAUAUAGGGCAAUCAUCUUGCUUCUUGAGCUCCAACAGCAUUUUGUCUACCGGGUGAUUGUUUGGUCCUUUACUCGCUUGAGCAACAUGGCGCUCAAUGAGCCAACUGUCGAGCGGCAACCUUCGAAGAGACACCAUGAUGGCGAUGAAGACCGUCUCGCGCAAUUUGGAUACAAACAGGAGCUGAAGCGGGACUGGGGGCUGGCGCACAACUUUGGUGUCUCGUUCUCUAUCAUUAGCGUCAUCACCGGCAUCACCACACUCUUCUCGUAUGGCCUGAACACGGGAGGGCCGGCAGUCAUGUCGGUUGGGUGGAUUCUCGUGUCCUUUUUCACCCUCCUCGUCGCCAUCGCCAUGGCAGAAAUCGUCUCGGCCAUCCCUACCAGCGGCGGACCCUACUUUUGGGCAGCCAUGCUCGCACCGCCUCGCUGGUCGCCCUUUGCAGCCUGGCUCACAGGAUGGUACAACCUCCUUGGACAAGUAGCCGUCACAACCGGCAUCUCUUUCGGCCUCGCCAACCUCAUCCCCACCGCCAUAACCGUGAAGAACCCGGAUUUCACCCCUACCCCGCGCGUCACCAUCGGCAUCUACGCCGCAAUCCUCUUUUCACAUGCGCUCGUCAACACGUUCGGUGUGCGAACACUCCGCGUCCUGAACAAUAUCUCCAUCCUGCUACACAGCGCGGGCAUCACGGCCAUCUGCAUCACGGUCCUCGCCAAGGCGCCCUCUCAUCAGCCAGCAUCGUUCGUCUUCGGCCACUUCCGCGACGGCACGGGGGUGGAUGGCGUUGACGGGUGGGGCGUGAGGGCGAGCAAUGUGUAUGUGGCUGUGUGUGGCGCGCUGCUGUCGCAGUAUACCCUGACCGGAUUUGAUGCGUCGGCGCAUCUGAGCGAGGAAACCAAGAAGGCUAGCUGGAGCGCGCCGGUUGGGGUCGUGUCGAGCGUGGGGUUCAGUGCGCUGUUUGGCUUCUUUGUAUUGAUGGCGUUCUUGUUCUCGGUACAAGAUUUUGAUAGGGUGUUGGACAGUCAGUAUGGACAGCCGGUCCUGCAGAUCUUGGUGGAUGUUGCCGGUGAAGACGGGGCACUUGGAUUGUUUACCUUGAUUAUGGUCUGCGUCUGGCACUGCGGACUCUUCAGCAUGACAAGCAACAGCAGAAUGAUGUUCGCGUUUGCGAGAGACGGAGGGAUUCACCCGUUCUUUCACAAAGUGGAUGCUCGCUUCCGAUCCCCGACUCGAGCUGUGUGGCUCUCUGCCACACUCUCGUUUAUCCUGGCCUUGCCUUCGCUUGGGUCCAGUGUUGCAUUCGCGGCAGCGACAUCCAUCGCCACCAUCGGCCUGUAUCUGAGUUACGGAUUGCCGAUCCUCAUCGGCUUGAUAUGCCACAGGUCCUUCACAGCCAUGAAGGGUCCAUUCAACCUGCAUGCGCUGUCCAGGCCCAUUGCAACUGCGGCUUGUCUCUGGAUCGGCUUCAUCACUGUUGUCUUUUGCCUGCCGACCGCCAACCCGGUCACCAGCGAGACGUUCAACUACACAGCUGUUGCGGUGGGCGUUCUCAGCAUUCUGGCCGUUGGCUCGUGGGUAGUCUGGGCCCAUCGGUGGUUUACGGGACCAUCUGCCGAGGUGGCCGAGGCACUGAGGCUGGGCGUUGAUCUCAUGGAGCCAGGGGCACUCGAGGGGCGAGAGAAGAAUAUCUGACGAACAGGAGUGAGAGACGGAGAGGGGCGUUGCUAAUACUGAAUCUUCAGGUGAAUAAGCUGCUUUCAGCACGGUAAAUACCUAAAUCUAAAUACCUAAAUCUUGACAUUAUGGUAGAAUCAAGACCGGCCACGCAACCC